CAUCAAGCGGUUGUCUUAUCUUAAGCUCCACGUACGUUUGCCUGUUCUCACACCCGACUCUGAAAAGCAGAACAUCUGCUUUUCCUUGCAGCAACCUACUCAGUCGUAAUUUUUGAAAGUAUUUUUUUUCUGGCUGUCCCUCUCUCUUUCUAGCUCUCUCUCUCUUUCUAGAGUCAAAGACGGAAAAUUUACACAAGAAAUAGUUUCUCUUCUCAGAAAAUUGGAUGGGCAAAAAGAAAGUGGUUGACCUUGGAAAAUGAAGAUGUUGUUGCCAUGGGAACUGUUAAUCCUUCUGUCACUCAAAGAGUGCCUGGCUGAGAGAAAUACACGUCAUGGCCCUGUCUUUACUCAAGAACCGAGUGACAUUAUUUUUCCUUUGAGAUCUGAAGACAACAAGGUGUUCCUCAAUUGCAAAGCCAAGGGAAACCCACCUCCAGUAUAUCAGUGGAGAGUUGAUGGCAGAGACAUCAACACCGACGGGGACUCUAACUAUAAACUGGUGGAAGGCAACUUGUUGAUCACUAGCCCUCAUGCUGCCCAUCAUGGUGGUGUUUACCAGUGUAUAGCUACAAACACAUUUGGAACCAUCCUCAGCAGGGAGGCCAAUGUACAGUUUGCUUAUUUACAGAAUUUCAGCAGGAAGCCAAGGAAUACAGUGUCAGUGAGAAAUGGGCAAGCUGUAGUUCUGCUAUGUGGCCCACCACCCCAUAAUGGAGAGAUCAAAUAUUCUUGGAUUUUCAACGGACGGCCCAGCUUCCUGCAGCAGGACACUCGUCGUUUCGUCUCCCAGCAUACAGGGAACUUGUACAUAGCCAAGGUGGAGGCCUCCGACGUGGGGAACUACACGUGUGUGGUGAGGAACAUGAUGACCAACUCCACUGUGUACAGCUCGCCAACCCCCGUCGUGCUGCGCCUGGAUGCUAUUAUGGGAGAGUAUGAACCAAAAAUUGAGGUUCAGUUCCCAGAAACUCUACAUGUUACCAAAGGGUCAUCAGUAAAACUGGAAUGCUUUGCCUUGGGAAACCCAGUGCCUUCCAUUACAUGGAGGAGAGCCGAUGGGAAUCCCCUCCCUGGCAAGAUCAAAAUUAACCAUUCCAACGGGGUUCUGGAAAUUCCAUAUUUCCGCCCAGAGGAUGCUGGUCUAUACGAGUGCACAGCAGAGAACUCUAGAGGAAGAAGUGUUGCCAAAGGACAACUUUUGUUCCAAAAUGUUGACCAUCUACACUGGAUGCAAACAUUGAGAGAUGCUCAUAUGGCCAUAGAGGCUAAUCUACUGUGGGAGUGCAAGGCCAGUGGAAAACCAAAACCUAAGUACAGAUGGCUGAAGAAUGGGAGUGCCCUUGCAACAGAGGGCAGAAUACUUGUAGAAGAAGGAAGAUUGUCCAUAUCCAGGAUCAGCCUCACAGACUCUGGAAUGUAUCAGUGUCUGGCAGAGAAUGACCACGGGGUCAUUUAUGCUAGUGCUGAGCUGAAGGUUGUAGCCUCUCCACCGGACUUCUCCAAGAGUCCUGUGAAGAAGUCCCUGCUGAUCCGGAGAGGGGGCGAGGUGAUCAUCGAGUGUCAUCCUCGUGCGUCCCCCAGGGCGGCCAUCUCCUGGCGGAGAGGAGGCGAGUUCCUGAAGGACAGCGAGAGACGAACCAUUAUGGAAGAUGGCACUCUACGAAUCUCUAACAUAAGCAUAUCUGAUGGAGGGAGGUAUACGUGUGUCGCUAAAAACCCCUUUGGCAUGUCAAGCAGUACUGGCACACUGGUGGUGAAAGAGCCAACCAAGAUCACUGUUCCACCCCUGAAUUUGGACGCCACUGUGGGUGAGAGCAUUGUUCUGCCGUGUGAAGUGUCCAUGGACUCCUCACUGGAUCCUACCUUCAAGUGGUUCUUCAAUGGCAAACUCAUCGAUUUCAACAGACAGGACCACUUUGAGAUGAUUGGAGGGGUUACAGCAGGUGACCUGAUGGUGAGGAACAUUCAGCUGAAGCACUCUGGGAAGUAUGUGUGCAUGGUCCACACCAUGGUAGACAGUGUCUCAGCAGCAGCAGACUUGAUUGUGAGAGGGCCCCCUGGUGCCCCACUAGGCCUGCGUGUGGGUGAGAUUACUGACACCACUGCCUCACUCACCUGGGAGUGUGGGCCUGACAACCACAGCCCAAUCACUAUGUACACUGUACAAGCCAGGGCCCACUUCUCUAUAGGCUGGCAAGCUGUCAAGACAGUUCCGGAUUCUGUGCCUGGACAGAUGUUGCAUGCAACAGUAAUAGAUUUGAACCCCUGGGUGGAUUACGAAUUCAGGGUGGUGGCAAUCAACAGUAUGGGUGUCGGAGAGCCCAGCUCACCAUCCACAAUAAUUCAAACUAAAGCAGCAGUUCCUGAAGUUGCACCAACUAAUGUCAGUGGAGGUGGAGGAAGCAGAGGAGAACUUGUCAUAGUCUGGGAGCCCAUACCAGAGGAGCUACAGAAUGGAGAGGGGUUUGGAUAUGUUGUGGCUUUUCGUCCACUUGGCACCACCACUUGGAUCCAGACAGUGGUAGCUUCACCCGACGUCUCCAAAUACAUCUACAGGAAUGACACAAUCCCACCCCUGUCUCAGUUUGAGGUCAAAGUUGGGGUCUACAACAACAGAGGAGAAGGUCCAUAUAGCCAGACAAUAUCAAUGUAUUCUGCUGAAGACGAGCCUUCGGAGGCCCCAUCCAAAGUGUGGGCACGGAUCCUGUCUGCCUCCGAAGUGGAGGUGUACUGGGAACCAAUUCCCAAUGGGGCCAGCAGUAGCAGGGUCAUUGGAUAUGAGGUGCUUUUUUGGGAGGAGGGGACACAGGAGAGUGAUGCAGACAGACUGAGGGCCACUGAACCUGUUGCCCUCCUCUCUGGGCUUAAAGGCACUACCAUGUAUCUCAUCUCAGUCAGGGCCCAGAACAGUGCAGGAGUAGGACCCUCAAGUCUUGCUGUCAACGUCACCACCAAGAAGCCACCACCCAGCCAGCCUCCAGGGAAAAUUGAGUGGAACAUGACCAACUCCAAGAUCUUUCUAAAUUGGGAGCAUGUCAAGGCAAUGAAAAAUGAAUCAGCAGUGACAGGAUACAAGGUUGUGUACCGUCAUAACUGGCAUGGAAGAACCAGUGUGGUAGAGACCAACAGGACCAGUGUGGAGCUGCAGAUCCCCUCUGGAGAGGGGAUCUAUCUUAUUGAGAUCAAGACGUCAAGUGAUGGAGGGGAUGGCAACAGCAGUGGCCCAAUCAGGAUACCAAAGAUGUCUAGUCUGAACUCUAAAGGUAAUUUCUGCCAGGAUCCAGAACGACUGGUGCAGUUAUGUUUCAUGUACUUGUUGUUUAUAUUUACUCCAUAAAAUGCCUUCAAUAACUGUACAGUAGGUAUUUACUACAAAUGCUCAUUAAGAUCCGGAAUAAGAUACUUUUAUAGAUUUUUUAUUCAUGCAAUGUUUUCACAUCUUAAGAACAUGUCAUCAACAGGUUGUGAAGUUAUUAAAUAAACCUGGGUUGCCUUACAAUGUAGAAUACUUUAAAUGUUUAACCUGUGAAGCAUUUUAAUCUAUACGAAUGAUGCAAAAUGGGAAGAUCUUUCACAUGCAGAAUGUUAACAGCAAUAUUGAAUGCAAACAAUUUAAAACAUAUAGUCUCUUACAGCCGGAACGGUCACACUAACCUACAACAGCAGUGUUCUUCAUUUGUAACUUAAAUGUCACACAAUGAAUCUGGUCUGGGGCAAGUCAUAUGUGGUUGUAUAGUGCAAAAAUAAACAUUAAUGUCAGUAACUUUAUACAGUAACAUUGUACAAAAAGCUCCUAAAAUGACGAGACAGUGGCAACAUUUCGAUUUUCACAUUCCCUUCCUAGAAUGUAAUCAGUCAUAAUUUCUAAUCAUUAAACAUUACCCAUACAUGUCAAAGUACAGAAGGAACCCACUUUGUUACCUUCAUAUGAACUAUCUUCAGAUCUUCUUUUUUAAUGUAUUAUCUUUGCAAUAUUAAGAAUACAUUUUUUUAAAUGCAGUAUGACUCUAACCUCACCCAUUUGUGCCUCGUGACGUUCUUUUUUGUGAGGAAAAUCCAUAGUGUAACAAAUGUUUCUAUUACAAUGAGGAUGCUCUUUAGAUGUCUGCAGACAGUACAGGGAUUUAGUGCAAGGUUAGUGCAUUGUAAAAAAAAAAAGGUUGGGCAAUUUCACAUCCCAGGGCAUGUUUGAUACAGUUAUCAUCAAGUAGCAGAAAACUGUAAUUUUAGAGACAUUGCUUUAGUUUAUGAAUGGUCCAUUUUUUGCAUGCUACAGUGUCAGCUAUUAAGAAUAGUUAUGGUCAACAUGGUGUCACACAAUAUCCCUCUUUGGGUACAGGACACAGUGGCCUUAAUUGUGUUACUAUUACUAAGAGCAUUCGUUCAAAUCCUUGUGUACCUGGAGAUGUACCUCAUAUGGAUCCUUUGUUUCCAUUUAUUUGUCUAUUGUUUUGUGUUUAUGUGUACUUCUGAAAAUAUUUAAUUUUACUCAUAGCUGUUGCUUACAUUACUAAAUACUAUUGUAUUGACAUACAACAAUCUC